CGCGGAAGGGUUUGGUUCAAAAGCGCGCGCACCCGCCAUCGAAGCGGAGGGUGGAAGUGCAACAAUCGAGUGCGCACUCAUGGCGUCGCAGGACGAUGACCAUCACUCUUCCAAUGGCAACCCGCGCCCAGCAGUGCCCGCCCAGCUUCUGGCCAAGAAGGCGGCGCCGCGCAGUAGCGACCAGGUACGGCGCAACCGCAUGAACAUGGAGAAGAUGAUCAUGAAGAACGUGGCAGCCUCGCGCAAUAGCACCAAGAACCGCGCGCAGCAGAUCCUGGAGGCUCUCAAGAAGAAGCGUCAGCAGCAGGAGGACACAUCAGGGGCCAAAGCGGACGAGACUGAGCGUUCCGCUAAGCGCCAGAAGACGUCGCCCCCGCAUGGAGACGCAGCAGCCAGAACAGCCGUCGCUGCAGGCAUCUUGUCUCCCGCUCGACGCGCCGCUGGACCGAGCUUUACGAGCCCCGCACGACGUCAUAACCACCCGCUAAACUUAAAGAGCCCCACGCUGCAGCAGGCGAGCCCAUCGCGGACCAGGAGCGUGAACCCGCUGCAUCUUUCGAGUCCGGCCCGACCACCGAGGAGCUCAGUGCUGGCCAGUCCAGCGAGGCCGAAACGCAGUAACACGGCGAGUCCGCUCCGACGCAGUGAGUUUUUGACGAGUCCCUUGAGACACAGAGCCUCAGCGUCGCCUAAGAGACCGCUGGUGUUCGAUGACACCACAACAGAUGCUGCUGCUUCUUCGACGAGAAUCAAUGGACACCCGCCGCUGUUGUCGUCCGCAUUGGACCAAGUGGAAGCUGCACCUGCAGCCAAGGCGACGAAGGCGGUGAGAGCAACCAAGUCACCGUUCCAGUCGUUCCAGGCCAAGUUUAAUAAGUCGCCAGCUAAACCUGCAAGAAUGACGAGUAGUCCAGGGACUGGAGGGGAUGCAGUACAAGCGAUUGUACCUCGUAGUGGCCCCAUGAUGGUGGAUCUGUCACAUCCAGAUGACGCGAGCUCGGAACAAUCUACAGCAGCUAUUGCAGCUGCAUCGUCUGGCUCAACUGCUCCAUCAACUGCAUCAAGCGCUGCUGUUAGUAGCGAUGAUAGUACUUCUAGUGGUGCCGCACCACGUACGAUAUCGAGUAGUGCAGGAGCAUCAAAUUCUGCAGCUGACCGGCCUUUGAACACCCCGACACCGCCACCGAAGCCCGUACGCAAGUUGUUCACGUCGUCCAGACCAGUUGUUGCUCAGAGGUCGAUCUGUUUCUCGACGGAGAGCGUAGCUACGGCGUUGGACGUGACUCCAGACGGCGAGAUUGUUGUGGUUGGCUUCACAGACGGCUCAGUUCGACUUUACGAAAUGGAUAGCAGUGUCCCGAGUGACCGUCACGGAUAUCUGCUCGGCCACCUUGACGAGCAAUCUUCACAGAGAUCGGAUAAUGUGCAUAUGCGUGUGAAAAUCUCCCCUGAUGGCCGCUAUAUUUUUGCUGGUGAUCGACAGCGUCGGCGCGUGGUCAUGAGUAUCAAUCUGGACCAUUAUCGCAACGAAAAGGGUGGGUCCUGAUGUAGAAGCUCUUGAUAGCACUGUGGUUCUCACUCAUGCUUGAAUUUUUAGAUGGUGAUGACGAAGAUUUCCAGCAGUUUCAGAAACAUUUUCAUGGCAACUCGAAGCUUCGGGGCUUUGCAGAUGUGACUACGUAUGUUCCACCCGUUGGUUCUUCAGUCCAGGAGCAGCAAGAAAGUGCGCGCAAAAGGUAGAAAUCCACUGUUGUCGUAUGCCCGCGAUACGAUGGCUAUCUCACUUUCUGACUUGCUUUGACUCGCCAAUUGCAGAUCUGCCUACUACAUUCUAACUGGUCUUGGUGUUGGCAACCUGAAUUUAUGGCGCUUCGUUGAGCCUGAGCGAUAUGAUCAGGAGCCUAUUUGGGAGCACUUGCAAAAUUUUGUAGCUGGAGGUAACACAGCAAUGAUGGCGGCGUUUCUGCCAUCAAGCGCAUCUCCAGGUGUAUUAGCGAUUGCAGCGGUUUGUCGAGACAAGAAUCUCCGUGUGUGGCCGAUGGAAUACACAAAAACGAACUCUGGCGAUGAAGGCAACGACGACUCUGCUGAAGCGGAAGACACGAGUUUCUUGGGAGGAGUCCACACUGUGAAUUCUCACUUCAACAUCCAGAACACAACAGAUAUCGUCGCCAUUCAUGGACAAUACGCGUAUGGAAUUUCCCUCAUGGGCGAAGCGUACCGAAUCUGUUUCCCGGACUCAACAAAUUUGAACUCCUCAUGCGAGCGAUUGCCUCGCCAGGUGUUUGAACUGGAAAAGCUUGGCGGUGGUGGCAUCAGUAAGUCGCGGCGAUCCAACGUCAUGCUGGAAUCUCUUGCUGCGAGUGAUGACGGAAAGACUAUCGUUGUCGUGUCUAGCGAAGGCAUUUUCUACUAUUCGAACAAGCUUCCGGAUAUUGGUUCAAGUGAUGCGGCUCAUCUCCGCAUUAUUGGCAAGAAUGCAUCGGAAAAUACGCUCUUCAAGGCACCCAUGAAGGUGUACACCCCGAAGAUCAAGUCGAAGGACAAUAAAGUAAAGUCUGAAGCUAUGAUGACUGUAGUGACGAAUCCGAGUGACGAGGACAGUGACGAAGAAGGCGGAUACAUCAACGUCGACCCUACGGAGACGUUUGCAGCACGAUGGAUGGUGCCAAGUCGAGGACAAGACUGCUGGGUGUGUGGAGUACGCAACGCGAGUCACUGGGUUGGUCCGCCGGAGUCCAAGGUCAAGGAACCAAGUCGUGCCCAGUUGGAAGCACAGCAAAAGGAGAAAAUGAGAUCCCAACGCCGUCAAGACCGACUCGCCAAGCGAGCGAAAGAUGCCGCUGCCCAACGUAAUAACACAUCUGAUCCAGAGACUCCAGUUGCUGCAAAACCCAAAACGACACCUCGAUCAAGCGCGAAAAAGGCUGUGAAGAGCCAACCAAAUGUUCAAACGAGUGCUACUACGGCCAAUGUCUCGGCUGAAAAACGACCAUUGGCUGACUUGACACGCAGACUGAGCCAGAAUUCUGGCGCGGGUGAUGACGAUGACGAGGAUUACACCGGCAGCGACGAUAACACUCCAUCUAUUGCGUCGCUACUGAGUGAACUUGAGCACUUCAAGAAGCGCAAUGCAGAAAUCAAGACAGAAUGGCAGCGGCGACUGCUAGGCGAGCGGCAGCUCCGUCGGAAGUGGAAGCAGCGUGAAGAAGAGUUCCUUGAUCAACUGAACGACUCGCUUACGAAAUUGGAUGCUGCAGAGGUAGAGGUGGAUCGACUGCGAGUACUGCUGCGUGAUGCAGAGAAACGAUUCGCGUUCGAGAAAGCGCGUGUUGAGCAGGAGAACUCCGUCAAGUCGCGUUACGAGCAGCUAUGCGAGCAGAUGAACGACAAGAUGGCGCUGGUUGCUGAUCAGAAGCGGUUGCUGGAGCAGACAACGCGCAGUCUGCUUAAAGAAGUGGAUCGCAAUGUUCACGCACUGAAGAAUGCUGUUAUUCUCGAGAAGACCGAGUGUGUGGUGUGCAAGGACCAGCAAGCUGUGACAGCAGUCGUGCCGUGCGGUCACCUUUGCUUCUGUGAACAGGAUGCCGAGACGUAUCGCCGCAAUUGCACGGCGCAAUACCCCACGUGCCCCAUUUGCCAACAGGAAAUCGUCUCCCUACUGCGAAUUUAUACUUGAAACACUAGACAACAGUUCAAUCGAUUAGCACAAAAUAAGAAGCUCUGCGUUCUUUUAGUGUUAAUUUAACGCAUUUUAUUUGUAAAAUGUCUAAGAAUGGCAAUAGCUGUGCCC